AUGUCUCAGCCAGUGUGUGUCGUCUGUCGAGAUUCAAAAAGACACAACAACCACAAAUUCAGGCCAAUCAAUGAAGCUGCACAGGAUCACAGAGAGGAGCUCCAUGAAGCCCUGAAGCCCUUAAAGAAGAAACUGAAGCUCUUUGAACAAGUUAAAGGACACUGUGAGCAAACAGCAGAACACAUUAAAGUCCAGGCUCGACACACACAGAGGCAGAUUAAGGAGCAGUUUAAGAAGCUUCAUCAGUUUCUACAAGAGGAAGAGGAGGCCAGGAUCAGUGCUCUGAGGGAGGAAGAGGAGCAGAAGAGUCAGAUGAUGAAGAGGCAGAUUGAGGCUCUGAGCAGAGAGAUAGCAGCUCUUUCAGACACAAUCAGAGCCACAGAGGAGGAGCUGAGAGCUGAAGACGUCUCAUUCCUGCAGAACUACAAAGCUGCAGUGGAAAGAGUCCAGCAGCGCCCCCUGCUGGAUGAUCCACAGCUGGUCUCAGGAGCUCUGAUAGACGUGGCCAAACACCUGGGCAACCUGGCCUUCAACAUCUGGAACAAGAUGAAGGAGAUGUUCUCCUACACUCCUGUGAUUCUGGAUCCAAACUCUGCUCAUUCAGGGCUCAUUCUGUCUGGAAAUCUGACCAGUGUGAGACAGAAACUUCCAGGAAACCCGGAGAGGAUUUAG